AUGGAUAUUUCAAAAAAUACUGCUCUAAUUGAAGCCCUGUUAUUAGAAGAGAUUCCGGACUGUGACGAAGAGUCUGAAGCAGGUGUGUCCGAUGAUGAAGUGGAAAAUUUUCAACAACCUUCACCAAGAGGCUUCGAUGAGGUUUUUGGAAAGGCUCUAGAAAAUAUUUUAGCAGAAGAUCCGCCAUCGUCGCCUUCAAAAGAAGAUGAAUUUGAGUGCCCUAUAAAUCAAGUACCAACAUCUCCAAUACCUGGAUCUAGUGUUCAGAUUGAUCUACCGUCUGCAAAUACGUCUUCACACAAAAGUAAUCUGCGAUUACCCGAACCAAACCGAAAAGACGAAGAACUGAACUCAAAAUUUACCGGCUAUGGCUUAGGAGAAAAAGUUGUUUUGGAGUUGACGGAACAAGAUUGGGGUACAGGAAAGAUAGUUUACUUUGAUAAUUUUUUCUCGUCUGUUGCUUUGCUUCAGAAACUGAAAACUGAAAACACCUACGCAUGUGGAACUAUCCGAAGUAAUAGAAAAGGACUGCCCGGAAAUAUGCUCGCUGAUUCUCAAAUGAAAAGGGGCGACAGUGAUCAUCGAUUUUCAAAUUUAGACAUUGGAUGUUGGAAAUGGAAGGAUAACAAAGUGGUUCAUUUAGUAUCUAAUUUUCAUGGGAAUGAAACGGCUACUGUGUCACGUAAAGAAAAAAAUGGGUCCAAGUCUACCAUUACAUACCCUGUAGCUGUCAAAGGUUACAAUAGCUAUAUGGGCGGCGUAGAUACAGCUGAUCGUUUGAGAACCCUUUACUGUAUAGAUCGCAAAUCUCCGAAAUGGUGGCACAGGUUGUUUUGGGGUCUUCUGGACAUCGCAUUUGUCAAUUCAUAUGACAUUCAAGGACUUAUAAUGGAACAGACUACCGUAAAAGAUUUUCGACGCUCUGUUACUCAAGGCUUGAUGACAAUGAAAGAUGUUAGUCAGAAAAGAAAGACUUCUACAACUAAUACUUCGGAAGGUGGCCCUUCCAAAAGACGCAAAUCUGACUACUCCACUAUAAAAGACGUUCGCUUGGGUAAUAGAGGCAUCCAUUGGCCUUCGUUUGUAGAAAAUAGGGGAAGCUACUUGUGUGUAAGCGGCUGUAUCGCUCGCGCGGAAAAAGCUGGAGAGGCUCGCGAGAGUGUGCAGACCUUGCUCACCGUGUGCGCAGACCUGUGCCAUCCCUGUGAAGCUGACGUGGGUUCAGAGCGCUCAUCAGCGAAACAGUCGCUCCGCUGUGCACUUGGAACCAGCAUAUGUGGCUCACGUGCGGAGUUUUGCAUGCUGUUCGCCAAAGGGGCGGACCUUGGCCACUGCGGCAGCUUCGUGAGGGCCGCUCGCACUGCUCAUUUGUUGCGUGCGUUGGCUGAGAUGGACCAUCUGAUUGUGCAGGAGGCGUUCGGCGAGGGUGGUUGGCCGUUGGAGUUCCGAGCGGCUGUAGCCAGAUUACUCUCACAGCAUGCACCCAACGAUAAGGAAGCGCCCCGGACUACACCGCUGCGCCUAAGCAACCAACGUCUGGAUCAGACGCUAUCGGAGACCAUGGUGCUGGACCUGAUUGUCCUCGUCGGUUUUGUCGUGGUCAACAACCCACAGCUACAGGAGACAAUUAGCGAGGGUUGGAGCGUGAUCAGGACGCUGUGCACGCUGCCGGCCAACUGGCUGGUGUCGCGGUCGCACUGCCACGCGCUGCUGCCCACGCUGGCGGCGCUGGCACAGCACCCCGCCACCGCCGCCGCCAUCGCGGCCGAGGUCAGCGUCGAGAUGCUUUCCGAAUACAUGGAAAGUCCCGAAGCACAGAAGGUGAAAUUGGUUCAGGUGAUCAAACAGGGACGUAACAAGAAACACGCUGGGAAGAAAUAA